UGUAGUUGAUUUGUCAAUAACCGAGGAUAAAGUUAAAUGCCGGAUUAACUGAUUCGGCAUAAUUUAAGUAAGUUAGAAAAGGAAAAUAGGUGUUUAGGAGCGAUGUGGCGCGUCCCGAAAGCUGGCUCUCGAGGCCGGAGCUUUUCUUGUUCAAAUGAAAGUAUUAAUACCGAAGGUUGAAACAUUUAACCGCGGAAUACUCUCUUCAAGUACUAUUUAAGUACUUUUCCUUGAAAUUGCACGUCUUCUUCGGGGAUAGAUCCUCCCCGAUAAUUCGUUUAUCUAAAAAAAUGGCAUCACAAAGUCAAAAUGCUACAAACGUAAGUACAACUGUUUCACCGGCGAACGGAUCAUCCGGAUCAUCGACGACCAUCUCGGUCUGUACUACAAAGAUGCAGUCAUUCGUUUCGACACCAUCCUCGCAACCUUAUCAACAACAACAUUCGUCGCCAUCAUCGUCACCGUCGCCGUCGCCGAUGCAACAACAACAGCAGCAACAUCAACUGACUCUGCAACAACCAAACAAUGUAGAGGCACUUGACAAGAAUUCCUCCAAUACGUUAAAACGUAAUCCAAAAAUGGAAUUGAGUAAAAGUGAUUUAUUAAAACUAUUAGGACAUCUAGAAGGAGAGUUGCAGGCCAGGGAUAUUGUAAUAGCAGUAUUAAAGUCGGAAAAAUUAAAACACCUAUUGAGUUCUCGAUAUCUGAGUGGAACUUCAGAUCCACAUGCUGCACUUGCUCGUGAUGUAGCAUUAGUGGGUGGUGUAAUGAGACACGAACCACGUCAAAUAGAUCAACAAGUAGCUAGUUUAGAAGCACUUGUGACACAACAAAGACGUAUGCAGUCUAGAAUGACCAAAGUUCUUAAAGAAGCUGAACUUAGGCACAGAGCAGUAAUCAAGGAAUUAGAGGAAGAAAAACGAAAACACGAGCAUGAUACUGCUCAAGGCGAUGAUAUUACGUAUGGACUGGAAAAAGAGCGAACACGAUUGAAGAAAGAAUUAGAGUUAGAGAAGCAAGAAAAAAAAAGACUGGAACUAGAGAUAAAAAAGGCGAAUGACACUUUAGAGGAAGAAAAAACUCGACAGAAGCAAGUAGUACUUCUUUUGUUGGCUGAACGUAAGAAAAUAAUUAUGAAAUACAUAGAAGAAAGAAAGAGAUCGGAAGAUUUGGCGCAGAUACUAAGCGAAGAAAAAGUACGAAUAGAUUCCAUGGCCGAGGGACUCGAAGAAGAAAGCAAGAAGUCAUUGCAAAUGGAAGCAGAAUUAGAGAAACAACUUGCGCAAUUUGACAUGGAAAGGCAGCAAUAUAGGCAAGCUUUAGCAAAGGAAGAAAAAAGGGUUAAGGAUCUUGAACUAGAAUUAGAUAAACUUAGAAAUGAAAUGGAUGUAUUAAAAGAGUCUCAAACUCGAGGCUCUCCAAGAGGAGUGGGUACGACUCCACCACCUCCUCCAGUCAAACCAGCAAACUUAGUUGCUAUGCCUACAGUUAGGCCUGCUAGUGCUCCACAGACAAUUAAAGGUACAGUACUGGGCACUGGGACACCAAUGGUUAGUAGCAAAGUUGUUCAACCCACUGCCACGGUAUCUAGUGUUCCUGUCAGCGGUCCAACUACUGGUAUUGCUAGAUCAGUAACUCCUGGGCAGGCACUACGCGGGGUUACAUACGCGUCGAAUAUAACAUCUACUAGCGGGGAGACUGUGACUUCUGAAACCCAGGCUGUAGACAAACGUGUGGUUGUACCUGCUCCUGUUAAUCCCGGAGGCGCGGUAAAACAUAUACCGCCGACACAAACUACCGGAAAACUUGGUUUUCACGUUGGCUCCGGUUCGGUGGUUCAAGCAUCUGGUAUGCUGCACUCGAAAAAACCACCGAUAUCUCGCGGCGUUCCUCCUCCAGUACCGCCGAAUAAACCGGUAGUACCACCUAAAAAGGAGGCUGCUUAUCUUAGGAGGACCGAUUCGUCGCAAUCGACACAGGACGCCGUAAAACUUGGUAAACAAACCGCGGUGCAUCCUGCUAGCGGAUCCACCGCACCGCAAGUGCAACAGGCAAUAGCGGCCUUUACUCAAGCCUCCGAUGAAGAGAAUCAUCGCAACAAAAAGCGACAGAUAUCCGAGCAGAAAACUAUGAUAGAAAAGCGUUGCGAGUCCACGACGAAACGAGCGCGAAAUUAA